GCAGCGAGGCUGGGCUCGAGUGGAGGAGCCGCCGCGCGCUGAUUGGUCGCUAGAAACCCAUUUAUUCCCUGACAGCCCCCGUCACAUGGAUGGUUGUCUAUUAACUUGUUCAAAAAAGUAUCAGGAGUUGUCAAGGCAGAGAAGAGAGUGUUUGCAAAAGGGGGAAAGUAGUUUGCUGCCUCUUUAAGACUAGGACUGAGAGAAAGAAGAGGAGAGAGAAAGAAAGGGAGAGAAGUUUGAGCCCCAGGCUUAAGCCUUUCCAAAAAAUAAUAAUAACAAUCAUCGGCGGCGGCAGGAUCGGCCAGAGGAGGAGGGAAGCGCUUUUUUUGAUCCUGAUUCCAGUUUGCCUCUCUCUUUUUUUCCCCCAAAUUAUUCUUCGCCUGAUUUUCCUCGCGGAGCCCUGCGCUCCCGACACCCCCGCCCGCCUCCCCUCCUCCUCUCCCCCCGCCCGCGGGCCCCCCAAAGUCCCGGCCGGGCCGAGGGUCGGCGGCCGCCGGCGGGCCGGGCCCGCGCACAGCGCCCGCAUGUACAACAUGAUGGAGACGGAGCUGAAGCCGCCGGGCCCGCAGCAAACUUCGGGGGGCGGCGGCGGCGGCGGCAACUCCACCGCGGCGGCGGCCGGCGGCAACCAGAAGAACAGCCCGGACCGCGUCAAGCGGCCCAUGAAUGCCUUCAUGGUGUGGUCCCGCGGGCAGCGGCGCAAGAUGGCCCAGGAGAACCCCAAGAUGCACAACUCGGAGAUCAGCAAGCGCCUGGGCGCCGAGUGGAAACUUUUGUCGGAGACGGAGAAGCGGCCGUUCAUCGACGAGGCUAAGCGGCUGCGAGCGCUGCACAUGAAGGAGCACCCGGAUUAUAAAUACCGGCCCCGGCGGAAAACCAAGACGCUCAUGAAGAAGGAUAAGUACACGCUGCCCGGCGGGCUGCUGGCCCCCGGCGGCAAUAGCAUGGCGAGCGGGGUCGGGGUGGGCGCCGGCCUGGGCGCGGGCGUGAACCAGCGCAUGGACAGUUACGCGCACAUGAACGGCUGGAGCAACGGCAGCUACAGCAUGAUGCAGGACCAGCUGGGCUACCCGCAGCACCCGGGCCUCAAUGCGCACGGCGCAGCGCAGAUGCAGCCCAUGCACCGCUACGACGUGAGCGCCCUGCAGUACAACUCCAUGACCAGCUCGCAGACCUACAUGAACGGCUCGCCCACCUACAGCAUGUCCUACUCGCAGCAGGGCACCCCUGGCAUGGCUCUUGGCUCCAUGGGUUCGGUGGUCAAGUCCGAGGCCAGCUCCAGCCCCCCUGUGGUUACCUCUUCCUCCCACUCCAGGGCGCCCUGCCAGGCCGGGGACCUCCGGGACAUGAUCAGCAUGUAUCUCCCCGGCGCCGAGGUGCCGGAACCCGCCGCCCCCAGCAGACUUCACAUGUCCCAGCACUACCAGAGCGGCCCGGUGCCCGGCACGGCCAUUAACGGCACACUGCCCCUCUCACACAUGUGAGGGCCGGACAGCGAACUGGAGGGGGGAGAAAUUUUCAAAGAAAAACGAGGGAAAUGGGAGGGGUGCAAAAGAGGAGAGUAAGAAACAGCAUGGAGAAAACCCGGUACGCUCAAAAAGAAAAAGGAAAAAAAAAAAAAUCCCAUCACCCACAGCAAAUGACAGCUGCAAAAGAGAACACCAAUCCCAUCCACACUCACGCAAAAACCGCGAUGCCGACAAGAAAACUUUUAUGAGAGAGAUCCUGGACUUCUUUUUGGGGGACUAUUUUUGUACAGAGAAAACCAGGGGAGGGUGGGGAGGGCGGGGGAAUGGACCUUGUAUAGAUCUGGAGGAAAGAAAGCUACGAAAAACUUUUUAAAAGUUCUAGUGGUACGGUAGGAGCUUUGCAGGAAGUUUGCAAAAGUCUUUACCAAUAAUAUUUAGAGCUAGUCUCCAAGCGACGAAAAAAAUGUUUUAAUAUUUGCAAGCAACUUUUGUACAGUAUUUAUCGAGAUAAACAUGGCAAUCAAAAUGUCCAUUGUUUAUAAGCUGAGAAUUUGCCAAUAUUUUUCAAGGAGAGGCUUCUUGCUGAAUUUUGAUUCUGCAGCUGAAAUUUAGGACAGUUGCAAACGUGGAAAGAAGAAAAUUAUUCAAAUAUGGACAUUUUAAUUGUUUAAAAAUUGUACAAAAGGAAAAAAUUAGAAUAAGUACUGGCGAACCAUCUCUGUGGUCUUGUUUAAAAAGGGCAAAAGUUUUAGAUUGUACUAAAUUUUAUAACUUACUGUUAAAAGCAAAAAUGGCCAUGCAGGUUGACAUCGUUGGUAAUUUAUAAUAGCUUUUGUUCGAUCCCAACUUUCCAUUUUGUUCAGAUAAAAAAAAAAAACCAUGAAAUCACUGUGUUUGAAAUAUUUUCUUAUGGUUUGUAAUAUUUCUGUAAAUUUAUUGUGAUAUUUUAAGGUUUUCCCCCCUUUAUUUUCCGUAGUUGUAUUUUAAAAGAUUCGGCUCUGUAUUAUUUGAAUCAGUCUGCCGAGAAUCCAUGUAUAUAUUUGAACUAAUAUCAUCCUUAUAACAGGUACAUUUUCAACUUAAGUUUUUACUCCAUUAUGCACAGUUUGAGAUAAAUAAAUUUUUGAAAUAUGGACACUGAAA